CCGCGCAGGCUGGGCGACGCGUUGGCGCUCGAGGGCGGCCUGCGCGCCUACUGGGACGGCCGCGACUGGCUCCGGGCGUUCCUGGCCGAUGCCGGCGCCCGGCAGGACGCGCUGGAGCUCCGCGGCGAGGGUCGCGACGCAACGCGGGAGGUGGCGGUGAGCACCCUGCACGUGCAGAAGACGCUGCUGGUGGAACUGGAGGAGAACGAGCACAAGCUGAGCGAAUGCGGGGAGCGGGCCAAGCAGUGCGUCGCUCACAUGAAGGCCUACGACGUCGCGGUGAAGAGCUACCGCACUGCGGUCGAGGUCCGCGUUGGUGCUCCAGCCAAGGUGCAGGACAUGGCUUCGUCGGUCGACGUCCUCACGGCAGAGGUGCAGGAGUUGAACUCGGAAUACACGGGGCUGAUGGGCCGAGCUCGUUCCAACCUGGAGGCCCUGGAGAGCCACCUGCUUCACCUGGAGACCUGCGAGAAGGACUCUGCGAGCGUCUCGCUGGCCAACGGCGAUGCGGAUGACCCCGACCGCCGCCGCAAGGAGGAGAUCUCGUUCCGGGGCCUGCGCGGCGGCGCCGUGACGCUGUGGCAGCUGGAGCGCGCCGGCGCCGUGGACCCCGACACCUCGCUGCGGCUCGCCCGUGGCUCCCUCUCCGUCGAGGACGUCUCCGGAGCCUUCGAGUGCUACCUGGACGGGCGCCGCAGCGUCGCCGGACUGCUCGUCGAGGCCACGGGCCAGAAGGUGUCCCCGUACGAGGCCUUCCGCCGCGGCCUGCUCAAGCCCGCCGCCGCCCUGGAGCUGCUCGAGGCCCAGGCCGCGACGGGCCUCCUCGUCGACCCGGCCGACGGCGGCGGCUUCACCGCGGAGGAGGCCGUGAGCCGCGGCCUGGUCGGCCGGGAGUUCGAGCGGCAGCUGCUGGAGGCCGAACGGGCCGUCACGGGAUACGUGGACCCGGCCACCGAGGAUAAGGUGUCGCUCUUCCGGGCGAUGCAGCAGGGGUUGAUCCCACGCGAGCAGGCCCUGCGUCUGCUCGAGGCCCAGCUGGCCACGGGCGGCGUCGUCGACCCGUGGGCGGGCCACCGGCUGCCCGUCGAGGCGGCCUACGAGCGAGGCCUCGUCGACGAGGAGACGGUCGGGCUGCUGUCGGGCGCGAGCGGCGACGGCGCCGGCGAUGCCGGGGCGGGCGGCUUCUCGGACCCCGGCACGGAGGAGAGGCUGCCGUACCGGCGGCUCGUGGAGCGCUGCGUCGCCGACCCGGACACGGGCCUGCGCGUGCUGCCGUUGCGCAAGAGGGGCGGCAAGAUCGCGCACGACAUGGUCAUCAGCAAGAUCGAGGAGGUGGAGAGGAUGAGCGCGGAGCAGGCACUGUGCAGCGCGGCGGCGCCGCUCGUCUCCGAGUCGACGCUCACGACCAGCGAGACGCGCUACGUCAAGGUCGAGACGGAGCUGUCCGACCUGCUCAAGGCCACGCCGCUGUCGGUGGGCGGCAGGGCGACGUCGCUCAAGGAGGUCUUUGAGAGCGAAGCGGUGGACGAGGAGACCAAGCGGCGGCUCAUGGAGGAGUUCAGGGCCGGCAAGAUCACCCUGGAGGAGCUGGCGGCGUUGAUGGCGGAGGCGGCAGAGGGGCGCGGGCGACAUGGUUACGCGGGGAGGGAGUUCAAGUUCAGCGGCCUGCGACGGGAGCUGUCGCUUGACGAACUCGCCAAGAGCGGCAUCAUCGACGGCGAGACGGCCAGCCAGCUGAUGGACGGGUCGCGCAGCGUCGAGGAGGUGAGCAACUCCAUCAGCUCGUACCUGACUGGCACGGGCUGCGUGGCGGGCAUCUUCCUGGAGUCGACGGGCGAGACGCUCUCCGUGUACGCGGCGAUGCGCCGCGGCCUCGUCCGGCCCGGCACGGCCCUCGAGCUGCUGGAGGCACAGGCGGCCACUGGCUUCGUCGUGGACCCCGUGCUCAACGCCAAGCUCACCGUGGACGAGGCGGUCGUGGCCGGCCUCGUCGGCGACGAGUUCCACGACAAGCUGCUGUCGGCCGAGCGGGCCGUCACCGGCUACCUGGACCCGUACGCCGGCCGGCUGAUCUCGCUCUUCCAGGCGAUGAAGAAGAACCUGGUGGUGCGCGACCACGGCGUGCGACUCCUGGAGGCGCAGAUCGCCACCGGCGGCGUCAUCGACCCGCAGGCGAGCCACCGGCUGCCCCUGAAGGUGGCCUACGAGCGAGGCCUCAUCGACGAGAAGACCAACGCCGUGCUGCUCGACCCGCUGCAGGUCACCAAGGGCUUCUUCGACCCCAACACGGAGGAGAACCUGACCUACGCAGCGCUGCUGGCGCGCUGCUCGCCGGACGCGCGCACGGGUCUCGCGCUGCUCGCGCUGCACGAGCGGAGGGCGCCGCGCCAGCGCAAGACGUCGUCGACGUCGAGCGUGCGCCAGCGCCGCGUGCUGGUCGUCGACCCGGACACGGGCAAGCGGGUGACGGUGUACGAGGCGUACUCGCGCGGGGUCAUCGACCAGGCCAUGUACCUCAAGUUCUCCAAGCAGGAGUGCGAGUGGGAGGAGAUCAACGUGACGGCGGACGACGACGGAGGCGCCACCUCCUCCACGCUGGUGGACAAGCGCUCGGGCCGGCGCUUCUGCCUGGACGACGCCCUGGUCGCCGGCGUCGUCGACGACGCCGUCCUCCGGCGCUACCGCUCGGGCGAGAUGUCCAUCUUCGAGCUGGGAGACCGGCUCAGCGCCAGCGGGCUCGCCGCCGGCGAAGGCGCCGCAUCGCCCAGCCAGCCGCCGUCGCCGGCCCUCGACGACGCCGCCGGCGCCGACCCGGCGUGGAGCGACCCCACGGAGGAGACGGCGCCCAUCGCCGGCGUCCUCGACGGGAACACGGGCGAGGUGCUCGCCGUCAGCGAGGCCGCACGGCGCCGGCUGCUCGACGGCGCCACGGCGCUCGCGCUGCUCGAGGCGCAGGCCUGCACGGGCGGCGUCCUGGACCCGGCCACGGGCGAGCGCCACUCGGUCGCGCGGGCCGCCGCGCUCGGCCUCGUCGAGAAGUUCACCGCGGAGAAGCUGUCGCUGGCCGAGAAGGCGUUUGCCGGCUUCGAGGAGCCCGGCACGGGGCGGCUCUUCUCGACGGCGCUCGCGAUGCGCCGCGGCUGGCUCUUCCCCGAGGCGGCGCGGCGACUGCUCGAGGUGCAGUACCUGACGGGCGGGCUGGUGCGGCCCGGGGCCACCGGGCGGGCGAGCGUGACGGAGGCGCUGGCGAGCGGCGAGCUGGACGACGCGGCGGCGCGGAGGCUGCGCGACGCCGGCGCCCACGCGCGCGUGCUCCUCUGCCCCAAGACGCGGGCGCGCGUCACCUACGCGGAGGCGCUGGCGCGGGCCGUGCGCGACCCGACCACCGGCCUGCGCUUGCUGGAGGCGGCCGGGCAGGGAGCCAGGGCCGGCCUGGUCACCGGCGGCGUCACUGUCCGGAGCGCCGUCACCUCCUCCUCUUCCUUUCAGUCGUUCAGUCGCUCUUCGCAGCCGGUGGCGGGCGGGCGCAGAUAGAGCUGGCGCCCGGUUGGCGUGUUAAGAGAGAGUCGCGGCUCGGGUCACAGUUCACGUAGUCGCUUAAAAUUGGGGGGGGGGGGGGGGGUUCGACGGCGAAUGAGAGCCCGGAUGUGAAUUGUGACUCUCGAGGCCGCAGAAACGUUCCACGCGUGUGCAUCGGGGCUAGUUUGGGUGAGUCGGAUCAGCGGGCUUUGUACCGGCCGUGUCAGACGACGCGCUCAGACGGCCCCGGUGAGAUUCCGGUUUGUGAGUCGGUGUUUUUUUUUUCGGCUGUCUGCAAGUUAAACCGCCCUCGUUUGGUCUGACGCUCCUCAGCCAGGCCGGCGACGGCAGAGCAAAGCCUUUUGCGUUAGGUUUGGGUCGUGCUAGCUUUGGGUUAUCGAUCUCAGACGUGUUCCAGGUUGAGAGAAUCGAGCAGCUCCCAUAGAUCGGCUCGAGAGAUUUAUUUUUUUAACAUCGCUUCGCAUUGGGCAGAUGCUUGAGUGCGCCGCCUUCGGGCGUGGGUAACGAAAGCUAGCGAAGAGAUCUCUGAAGUAGUUCCGUAGAGUCGCCUUCCAGCGCCAAGUUCGUGCAUUGCUAGCUGCCAGAGUUCCCACCGCCCCCACCACGCCCCCCCCUCCCCCCACACUAAUUUCUGGUCGCGUCUCGCGGAAAAAGCUAGGUCGGUCAGUCCCACAAAAUAGGAAACUUCACGGACACUUCAACAAGUUUCCGUGAAGGAAACUUAAAAAAAGUCAAGAUGGCCCGGGAAGGUACGGCGCCUCCGAUUGGCUUGAUUUUAACACGCCCACCCACACAACAACGACACGGCCAAUCAGCUCCUCCUCCUCGGACCGUCAGCUUCUGUUCUGACCAUGCGCCCCUGGGCUGCUCACAAGUCGUACAAGCAGUCUGGAGCGCUCCACACAUUUAAACGCACGCCCCGAUGAUGAUUAUGCAACGCUCGCAAGCGUCACAAGGGUCGCUCACGGUCACAACUUGUCAUUGUAGUUCUCGUUCAUCGUAAAGGGAAUGACGAUCGAUCGCUGAACGUUUUGUGAAGCGGUCGGAGCAACUUCAGGCAUCUCCUGGGGCUGGCGCGCGUUCGCCUCUAAACCAGCAGCGGAGGAGAGGGUCGGUGGAUCGCACAGAUGCCGUGAAACUCCAUUCCGUAGGGCAACGAGGAGGUGCCGUGCCCUGGCACGCCAUCUGUGUGCGGGAGAAAGUGUUACCUGCUCCGCACGCGUGGAUUUUCUCACCGGCGCUCCGGUUUCUUCCCACUUUUACAAACACUCAUCGUCAUUAUGGCUGAGCACAUCUUAAAAAGAAUAAUAAUGAUAACAGGAUGCUCCUGAAAGAGAGGAUCCUUGUUUGCUCGGCGUGGCUUUCCUGCAUUAAAAACUAUAUACGUAACAAUGAUUGUGAUUACGACUACAGUUGAUAUAUCUGCGCAGAUAGCUCUGGGUUUAUUUCGACAGUGGCGGAAUACUGCGGCGGCGUGGGACUGCGGCGGCGAUCGUUUUGCCGUUGCCGCGGCACGAGAUUUUUAAAAAAACUAAAACGAUUUUUUAAAAUAUUUUAUCUUACCAGGUAAGGCCCCCCCCCACCCCCCUCUUGAGCUGCUCCGUAGCUCUUUUUCAGAAGCGAC